AUGGCGCAAGUUCUUAACAUAAACCCCCUGCAUUCCUCAACCCGACCCGAAUCAAACGGUACCCGAUUCCUCAACUCGAGCCACAAGCAAGAUGGGAAGCAAAGCUGGGCGAAUUUGCAGCAAGAACUCAAGUGUAAUGGCAAGUUUACUUGUCUUUUCUCAAGCAGUGGCAGAGAGGAACAAGCUAGGAAAGCUUUAGAAAGUGCUCUUGGUGGAAAGAAAGAUGAAUUUGAGAAAUGGAACAAGGAAAUUAAGAAGAGGGAGGAAGCUGGUGGAGGGGGAGAUUCUGGUGGGGGAGGUUGGUUUGGAUGGGGUGGACGAUUUGGCUGGUCCAAUGGUGACAAUUUUUGGCCAGAAGCUCAGCAAACAAGUCUUGCUAUCCUGGGAAUUAUUGCCAUGUAUCUCAUAGUUGCAAAAGGCGACUUGAUCCUUGCCGUCAUCUUCAAUCCUUUGCUAUAUUCUCUACGAGGGACAAGAAAUGGGCUAACUUUGAUAUCAUCAAAAAUCUUGAGAAUAGUAUCUCCAGAUGGCCCUUCUGAUUUUUCUGGUGCAUUAAAGAAUGAUGUAAAUGUUGAAGUCUCAGCUAAAGAGAGUGUUAAGAGAAAAUGGGGAAGCAAUUGA